UCCAGGCCCAGCACCCCCACGACGCCUCCGCUCGCCCACCCCCACGACGCAUACCCUUUCACUUCCUAUCACGAGCGGCCUCCCUCUGCUCUACCGACGGUUUGCUCUUCUCCAUCUGCAGCCGGAUACCCGCUCACCGCACCACACCCAUGUUUCCUCGCUCCUGUGGUUCCUCCCUGAACCCCCGCCGCCGCCGCCGCCGCCUCAUCUCCCUCUCGUUGCACCGCUCGCCUCGUGUCUCUCUCCUGGCGGCUGUGGUGUAGCGAGGCGCGAUGGCUGCUCUGGGGCGUGUGUGGCUCGGUGAGCUGAGGGUGCGCGGGGUCGGUGGCCGGAGUGUGUGCGGCGGUCGGAGGUCAAGGACGAGUGGGGGUGGCGGCCGGCUGCAGGGGUUCGCGUGUGGUAGGCAUGAGCUGUCGGCUGGCAGAGUGCGCGGAGGCGGAGGCGCUCGCGCUGCAGGAACUAGGCAUGACCGGGCCCGUCGCCAUCGCAAAGAGGCGCUCCCGCUCGCUCGCUAUCGCCGGCAACGAACGCCGACUGCCGAUCUCCGACUCCUCCGUCAAAGUCGUCUUCACCGGCCGUCAUCGACUUGGUCUUCGUCGGCCUCGCCCUCGAUUCGUUAAAGCGCUUGUCCGACCUCGUCGGUGAGGCCGCGCGGAUCUUGAAGCCGGAGGGCCAUCUCGUCGUGCUCACCUCCAGCAUCGUUGAUGCCUACAACCUCCGCUCGCCAACCACUGCGCCCCCGGCCGGUGAUGGACGAGAUGGCCUACAGCAUCAACGGCGAGAACGCGCACUACGGCACCACCGCCAACCCCUGCGCCCCCGGCCACGUCCCCGGCGGCUCCUCCAGCGGCUCCGUUGUCGCCGUCGCCGCCAGCCUCGCCGACUUCGCCCUCGGCACCAACACCGGCGGCAGCGUCAGGGUGCCCGCCGCAUACUGCGGCAUCUUCGGCCUCCGCCCCUCCCACAGAGUGGUCUCCGCCGAGAACGUCGUCCCCAUGGCGCAGAUGUUCGACACUGUCGGAUGGUUUGCCAGAGAUGUAGCUACAUUGUACCGUGUGAGCGACGUGUUGCUGCCGCCGGUCUCAACCAACACUGCCGAUGCCGAGCUGCGACAACCGAGCCGUGUCAUGAUUCAACGCACUACGACCUGUUGCCUAGCUACCGGUAACUGAAUGUAGCCGAGCGGCUAAACACAUGAAGGGAUUUGCGCAGAGUUGGGAGAGGGAACGGGGCUAGCAAGGAGUUUCUUCUCAUUCAGUGAAAGUUAUCUCUUUUCUUUCCGUUUUUCUAACUUUGAUGCUUUCUACUCCCUCCGAUCCAUAAUAACUGUCGCAAUCUCGAACUAAGGUUAGUUCAAAACUGCACAAAAUGGAUUUAGUUUCGCCUACAUACGUAGUUCAUAUUUGUGAAAUAUCCAAAAUGCCUUAUAUUUGUGAAAUAUUCCAAUUCAUAUGUAGUCCAUAUUGAAAUAUCCAAAACACCUUAUAUUUGUGAACAAAGGGAAUAUACAGUUAGAUGGGUCUCAUCUGCCUUUUUUGAGUGGCAGUGCACAAAAUGGAUUUAGUUUCGCCUACAUAAUUGCUUAUUAUUGUGAUGAAAAUAGCACUACUAUGUGUGUAAUCUUCCUAAGGGUAGUGCUUGUGCCACCACUAUGCUGGCAACGGAACUCCUUUAAAUUGUGGAAGUGCAGAUAAGAAAUGUGGAACCAAACACCCACUAUAAUUAAUUUCUGAUGCAAAAGUUAAAUUGUUGACAAUUCGAUGUAUGUACUGGUGUACUGAUGUUUCUGUAUUCACCAUGCUAUGAUAUAAACAGGUCUUGCCAACGUAGAAGAAAAGGGGUACUUGACGCGAAGGCGAGCACAGUCAUAUGGAUGGAUGAUGAUGCAAGGUGGAGCCAACCCUUUGAUCCCUCACAAAUCUCACUGAAAUAUUGAUCAUUUCACACUAAGUCGAUGGACGUAGACUGAAAGGCUACGAAUAAUUAUCUGAAGCCUGAAGCUCGUUCAUCAUCAGGCAUGAGCAAUCCAAGAGGCUGUUGUGAUACCAUCCGUGCCUCCGCAGAUUCUCUUGUCAUAUCCUCCGUGGACCAGACACCGGAUCAUGCAAAGCCUGCAGGGCAUCUUCAUUGUUGAGAUGGAAAGGGCUCAGGUUCAUCAACUGCCAAGUUAUUUGAGACUUGUUAGCUAAUUAAAACGCACGGAGAUGUAUCAGACAGUGGAAUCUCCAAGGACCGGGACAAAACAGAAAGAAUGCGAAGGAGCUAUUGGUCGUCGAGGACAUCGGUCCAGUGUCCGGGACCGGGAGCUCUAGCCAGGGACAGCAUGAUUCAAUUGCCACUGGGGAGAGGACGAGUGAGGCUGCCUUGGCGUGGUGGCCUACCGGUUCUGGCAACCCGCGGAGACAUGUUCCAAGUACCAAAAUGGUCGCCCGUGGAGGAAUAUUGAGCACGGAGCACCCAGCGGUGUGCGUGUCAGAACUCGGAAGGAGGAAAUGUGGCAGCCUGCCGGCCUGCCAUCAUGAACCUCGAGGACUUGGACGGACGGAGCUCGGAGCCUCGAGCGAGCAGUUCAGAUUUCAGGUAGAUAGAUAGAUAGAUUCUGCGUCUGGAGAUCUGAAAUCUCUCUUGGCGCAUUCGGGUAUAAAGGAGAAGCUCGGAUCAAUCAGGCUCAGGUUCCUCGUUGGCUUGCAGGCUUGGCUUCUUUCCCAUCAGUUCAAUACUUCCAAUUGUUCCAGGGUAACUAUAUUGGAGACAAACAUAAUCCAGUGAGGUAUGUACUUUGUUUCAAUAAUAUAUCUCAGAUGUUGAAAGAAGAUUAAAUAAAAGAGGUAAGAUGAAUUGAAGAAAAUAGGAGAGGCCUCCACCUGUACUAAUCAGUUUGAAUUGGCUUUUGAGAAUCUCUAAAAGUGGAAACCAUGUUGUUGAUAUAUCUGUGAUUGAUAGUUUAUGCGGUGCUGCACAAUGGUAAAUAUAUAUGUUCUUGCCAAGAACAGAAUCUUCAGUAGUCUGACUUCAAUAAAAUAGUAUGGCAAUAAUUUAGCAUCUUUUCACUGAUUUUCAAUAUAUGCCAAUAUAUGAGCAUCUUUUUUUCACAAGUUUUAAAAGGAAUAAUUCAAAAUCUGCAGAUGAUCACUAUAGUGUCAAAUCCAAUUUCUUUUGCCAUCUUAUGGGUGAAAAUGCAUUGUAAAAAGUGAAUCAUAUUAGCGUUUCCCUAACCUUGAAACUGAUGCUUGUUAUAAUGUGCAAACUUCCAAAUUGGGACAAUUUAGAUCAUGAUAUGAUUUGGAGAGUUGAUGCAUGAUUGCACAUGGCUAACAAAAUGGAAAAAAAAUCAAUCGUCACCAAUAUAGAGGUAUUUCACAUGUGCAGGUUUGGUUCAUGAUUGCAGGUGCAUGUAGGAUUCAAUUUGUGCAUGAAAAGUCUAUAUAUGCAUAUCCAAUAAUGAUUACUUCAUUUUCAAAUUCAAAUGCGCACCUGUUGUGCGCAUGACAAGUGCAUGAAUAAAAUAGUAUCAUGUUGCGUGCACAUUGUGCUUUUUUUGAAUAAUGUGUCAUAUUUCAAUAUUUGUGUUUGAAUAUUGAUGUGUGUAGAACUACUUCCUGCAGUGAGUGAGCUAGACUGCAUCACGUCUUCUCAUAGCCUACCACCGCCAGUCAAGUAUCAAGCUGGUUCUCGAUCGUUAUCGAGCUUGACGAGUACUUCCUCUCUCGCUGCUUCGCCGAUCCAGGCCCCAUUUACGUGGGAGCUACUUUUUUGAUAGAUUGGAAAAGGAGAUGCUUUGAUAGGAGAAAAGGAACCCAAAGAUCGAACGUGCAUAUCACAAGAAACUUUCAGUGAAAUGUUAUUAUGUACAUUUCCGGUGUUAGAUAUUGAGAACCUGAAGAAUAUACACACACACUUAUAUAUUCCGUGUGAUGGUAGUUUGUUGUCAUAGUUUUCUGUUAACCAGCAAUGUUGGCUCUUAGUGUCAUGUUGAAACUUGGAGGUGAUCGGGUCGUAUGCUUUUUGGGUUGUAUACUAUAUAAUAGAAGAUUUUGAAAAGAGGGCCUACACACCAUGGCAAGAAA